AUGCCUGCGGGCAGCCCAGGUGAUGGCUGGAGUAAUGCCCCUACGCCUACGCCAUACCGCUGUCACUUUCGACUCCCGACUAGCAACGCAGCCCCAGAAAUACUGAUCCUGCAUGGGUCCCUUCCAAAGACUGCGGACUCGGUGGCAGCAGCAAAAGAACAACAGGCUGGGAGGCUGCAGUUGUUAGGAACACUUCCCAAAUGUGGCUUGAUAUGCUUGGAGACCGUCAUUGCAGCGUCGCCGUGUCCCUUUACGGAUGCAGCCUGCUCAUGUCGCAAUGCCACCAUCGCAGAGGAGAUACAGACUUGCGUCUUGCGGAGCUGUACGGUCAAAGAAUCGCUCACCACAAAGAACGUGACCAUGGCGGUCUGCGGGCAAGAGAUGCGCGAUCGCACAGGGCUUGCGAUGAGUAGUGGUGUGGGCGGUCUGGUCUUCGCUCUGGUCGCUUAUACCGUUCGAAUUGCAUCCAAGGUCGACUUCUCCCUGAGCAACGCACAUCCGGGCGCGUCCAACUUCUGGCUCGACGAUUUCGCCAUCACUUUGGCCGUCAUUAUUGUCACGACCUUUAGUGCCAUCACCGUCCCGCUCGCCAACAUUGGCUUCGGCAAAGACAUUUGGACCGUGGAGUUCCCCAAGAUCACCAAAAUCUUAAAGCUCUUCUUUGCCGAAGAGAUGCUGUACGUGUCAGGCCUGGGCAUCGUCAAGAUCUCGAUGCUCUUGACAUAUUUGCGAUUCUUCUCCUCGCCCACCUUCCGCAAGGCGGUUUUUGUCUUGAUCGUCCUGAACGCCAUCUAUGUCGUGGUCUUCAUGUCCAUGGUCGCAUUGCAGUGCAGACCGCUCAGUUACACCUGGCAUCGAUGGGACGGCGAGCACGAGGGCUCGUGUCUCAAGUUUGCCUCUCUCGCGUGGCCGGCCGCUGCUUUCAAUAUUAUACUCGAUGCGGCAACAUUGACCUUGCCCAUCAGGGAGCUGUGGAAGAUGAGCUUGAACAAAAGAAAGAAGAUUGGCGUGGUGCUCAUGUUCUCCGUGGGCUUUUUCAUCACGAUUGUCAGCAUCUUGCGUCUGUACUCCCUCGUCGCGUAUUCCAGUGACAGCAACUUCACCUGGGCUUUUGUGAUUCCUGGAGUAUGGUCUAAGAUCGAGCUUCACGGAUCUGUUGUCUGCGCUUGUAUGCCCGCAAUCCGACAAUUCUUUAGACGCUUCACCCCAAGACUACUAGGAAGCACCGUAGGCUCCAAUACGGGCGCGACCACCGACAUGUCGGGAUCACGCACUGCUGUGGCCACCCAUUCAACGAAAUUCAGCAACUUUAGCAAGAGUGAUGACACGGAGGCCUUUGUGGAGCUCGUGGACGUGAACAUAAACGACGACGCAAGCGAUAAACAUAAGCACUGAUAACGGCGAUUGCGAUCGACUUCGUCCUCAACGGACA